UCAGCACAGAAUCAGCUGCACAGCAGCGUAUAUAAGCGGAGUCUUUUUCAGCAUUGGCAGACCAGCAGGAGGACUACUGCACAUCAUGUGGACUCCACUGCUUCUUUGUCUCUUGGUGGCGGUAGCUACCCAGGCAGAUUCCUCACCAUGGAAGGCCAACACGCAGUACGAGUACAAGUUGAGGGGUCGCACUCUUACAGCUCUUCACCAGGUGGCUAACCAGUACAGCGGCAUGUUAAUGCGUGGUGAUAUCAGCGUAUACCAGAACUCUGAAAACAUGAUCUCUGUACAGGUACAAAAUGCCCAAUAUGCCAACGUGCAUGCUAACCUUUCCCAGGGCUGGUCUACCCCCAUACCUGAGAAUCAGCUGCACUACCAACAGCUUCCCUUGAGCAGCAAGCCCUUCCAACUGAAGUACAAGAAUGGAGUUAUCAGCAGCAUGGUGGUCAGCAAGAGCGUCCCUACCUGGGAGUUGAACAUCCUCAAGAGUAUUGCCAGCCAGUUCCAAGUAGAUACUCAGGCAGAGAAUCUGCAAAAGUCCCGCAUCAACAGCUUGCCUACCCAGGGAUCUGUCAAUGGAGUCUACAAGACCAUGGAAGACUCUGUGUCCGGGGAAUGUGAGACCCUCUACGACAUCUCCCCCCUCCCUAAGUUGGUACUUCAGAACAAGCCUCAACUCGCUCCCAUGCCUCACCUGCAAUCUGAUGGACAACUCAUUGAUAUCGUGAAGACCCGGAACUUCAGCAACUGUGAUGUCCCGUCUGCUUAUCACUUCGGCAUCACUGGCCUCACCAACUGGGAGCCUGCCUCCAACCAGAUGGGCCAGUUCUUGGCUAGGUCGUCAGUCAGUCGAAUCAUCAUUGCUGGUAACCUAAAUCGCUACACCAUCCAGUCAUCUGUCACCACCAACAAGAUUGUCGCCAGCCCUUUUCUCUAUGAUAAACAGAACGGCAUGGUUGUCAGCCGCAUGAACUUGACCUUGGUCGAUGUCAAGUCUGCCAGCAGUUCUCCUCAGUCUCCUCCUAAUCCUCAGAUCAUCAAGAAUUUGGUCUACGAAUACAACCCAGCUUCUCAUGAUGCCAAUGCACAGAGGCAAUACAGACAGUACAAUCCAGAUGAAAAUUCAAGUUCCAGCCCUAGUUCUAGCAGUUCUAGCCCCUCUAGUGAAUCAUCCGACUCCAAUUCUACCUCUAGUUCUAGCUCUAGCUCUAGCAGUGAAAGUCAAGAACAAAACUACUACCAGCAAAAAAAUAGGUUUGCCAGAUCUGUCUCUCCAAGACAAAAUCAGCAGUCAAACUAUAAUCAGGAUACAAGUAGUUUCUCAUCCUCAUCCUCAUCCUCUUCGUCCAGCUCCAGUGAUAGUGACAGUAGCAGCAGUUCCAGUUUCUCCUGGGAUAGUAGCGAAGAAGAAAACUGGCAGCCAAAGCCCACGCUCAGCCAAGCUCCUAAUUUCCCUUUCUUGCCCAUGUUCAUUGCUAACCAAGGAAACUCAAUCCAAUCUGCACAAGAGAUCCAAGGAGUAUCAGUUGUGAAGAAGAUCGCCCAACAGAUCGGUUAUGAGAUGCAAUCACCUAGUGCAAUCCCAGGACAAAAAACUCUGAAAAAAUUUACUAUUCUGGCUUCAGUUCUUAGAACCAUGAAUGCCAAGGAGAUGGGAGAAGCAACCCAGAUACUUUACUAUCCUCUCUCUCGGGCUUCUAGCACCAGCUCCAGUGAUGCUCAGAAGUACCAAUCUUGGGUUGCCUUCCGUGAUGCCGUUGCUCAAGCUGGAACUGGUCCUGCUCUCCUUACUAUUAAGGAAUGGGUUCAAUCCAAGAAGGUUCAAGGUGAAGAGGCUGCUCAGAUUCUUUCAGUUCUGCCUUAUACUGCUCGCUUCCCCAACAUUGAAUAUAUGAACACUUUCUUUGCUCUGGUUACCAGCUCUGAAGUGCAGCAUCAACAGUUUCUCAACACUAGUGCAAUUCUCUCAUUCAGUGAACUGGCCCGCAAAGCUUUUGUCAGCAACUCCACAGCCCAUAACAGAUAUCCAGUCCAUGUUUUUGGACCACUGAAGGCCAAGAGAGAGCAGCCCGUAGUCCAGCAGUACAUUCCCUACUUUGCCCGGGCUCUGAAGCAAGCCGUCUCCCAAGAAGAUAGCAUUAAGAUUCGAACCAUGACUUUGGCUCUCGGACAUCUGGCUCACCCCAGAAUACUGAAUGUCUAUGAACCUUAUCUUGAAGGCAAAGAGCCAAUGACUCAAUUCCAGCGCUUGACUAUGGUUGCCUCAUUGCGGAAACUGGCCCAGCUCUACCCUAAGGUCGCUCGUCCUGUUCUCUUCAGAAUCUACCAGAACACAGGAGAGGCCACUGAAGUUCGAGUGGCAGCAUUCUAUGCUCUCAUGAAGACCAAUCCUCCAGCACAGCUGCUUCAACGUAUUGCUCAGUUCACCAAUGACGACCUAAAUCCUCAAGUCAUCUCCGCUGUCCAAUCAGCCAUUAAGACAGCUGCCUACAAUCAAAAAGUACCCACUCAGCUAGCAAAGAAUGCCCAAGCGGCUGUCAACCUUCUGAACCCUAAGGUUAUGCCCAUUCAAUACUCCAAGAAGAACAUUCGCUCAUACUACAAUCAACAACUCAACCUUGGUUACAAACAGGCCUUCAGUUACAUUGGCAGUGAUGAUGGAUUCCUCCCCAGCAACAUCUUCUAUGCUUUCCGCCCACAGUUUGGUGGUUUCAACAGGAGGUCUUUUGGGUUUGCGGCCAUGUCCUCCAGCCUGGAUGCUUUGACAGACCUCUUCGAAGAUCAGUUUUCUGAAGCUCCUUCUUCCUCUAGCCAUAGAAGUCAGAAGCAACCACAGCAGCAGGGUCCUUGGAGUUUUGAGAAGAUCAACAACAUGCUUCACAUUCAGCCUAGCGAGCAGGAACAGGUCGAGGCUAGUCUUACAGUCUCUACUUUGGUUGGAAAGCGGUUCUUUGCCAUUGACAAUCACACUGUUGAACAGCUUCCUCAAAUGUUCAAAAAAGCUGCAGCCUCUCUUCGUUCAGGUGAAAACUUUAACUACACCAAGUUGGCCAACACAUUCACUCUAAAUGUAGCCUUCCCCACUGCCAUGGGUCUGCCUUUCACUUUCUCUCUACAGAUGCCAACUCUGCUAUACAUCGGUGGCCAGGCUCAGGCCAAGAGUCACCCUGAUCUCGCCAGUGGAAACAACCAAGAAAUCCAAGUUCCACAGACCAUCAACGCUUCUGUUGAUUUCCAGUUUGUCUACUCUUUACAAGCUCAAUCCUCAAUGGGUUUUGUGACUCCUUUCAACCAUCAACACUACACGGCUGGAGUCUACAAGAACUUCCAGGUCAACUUGCCCAUCCGAGCUCAGGUCGAUUUAGAUAUUGUCAACAACAAGGUGGCUGCUAAAGUGCAACCCUUAGACCAGCACAACAAGCAGAACCUGUUUGAGUACAGCACUGUGCCUUACACCAGCCAACACAGUGUCCUGCAAAUGGCUCAGAAUCCUCAAGAACAAACUCAUGGCAACAGUAACAACAAAAGAGUCCAUGUCAGGCAUGCCAACCAGAUUCACAAGACAUUCGGCCAAGACAGCACGGGAUACGCCUUUGACUUCAACUACCACAGUGAGCAGAAGUUCAUUGACUUUGCUGCCCUCUACAAUGAAGCACAUAAGUUUAAAGAUCCGAUCGCAGUUGUCAUGUACGCUUGUGCUGAGGACUCUAUGAAUAUCAACAACAUCACCUUUACUUACAACCCUCAAAAGUCUUCUGCCAGAUAUGCUCGCUUCACUGCUGCUUAUCUUGAUAACUCAGAAAACGACAGUCAAGGCCAGAACUAUCAAGGCCAGAACUAUCGUAACAGUGAGCGCAGUGACAGCCAACAAGCUUCUCCCAAUGAACAAGUCUCUGCUAGUAUGGCUCAUCCAUCCUCUUCUGCUCCUGAUUCUCAAAGCAGACAACAACAGUUCCUGCAGAAGGUUGGACAGGGCAUCCAAGACAGUGACAAUAUUGUGGUUGAUGUCUCUGCUGAGUUCCAAGGCCAAAAUAAGGCUCAGUACGUGGCUACUAUUGCAGUAGCAACCAGCUCUGUCUCUGCUAAAUCCAGAUUCCUUAUGUUCGCUGAAAAGAACCCCGUCAACUCCAACAAACAAGGAAAGAUGUAUGUUGCUGCUGAGUCAUCCAUGCCUAUUGUUCCUGCAAUGAACUACAAACAGGCUCUGAAUGCUGAUCCCACCUCUUACUUCAAUGCUGAACUUGCUUUUGAUGAUGCUAAAGUACAAUUGAAGGGUAAGAUGCAGCAAAGUCAAGCUCGUCGCCAGUACUUAAACAACUAUCCCCUGGCCCAAAAAUGCCAACAGCAGAUGCAGCAAGGCAACACUGUGUUGUACGCUUGCCGUAACGUUACUCUUCAAGCCAAUGUCUUCGACAACUUCAAAAUGUCUGUACAUUAUGACAAGAUACCCAGCUACUGGAGGAAUGUCACCUACAAGGCAUAUGCUGCCUUGCGAUAUGCUGCAUACCAAUAUGUCAGUGAAGACAUCAUCAGUGUUCAGAAUCCAUCCAAUCAGAUUUACUUUGAGGCCAACUUGGCUCCUAACCUACGGACUGUGAAUUUCACCAUGGCUACCCCUCUUCUGAAUGCUAAGCUCCAGAAUCUGUCACCCCCACGUUACAUUCAACCCUUUGUCUGGUGGCAUCCUCAAUACACCUCAUUUGAGAUGUAUGCUAACCACAUCUUCAAGGGCCAACAAUUUCCCACUUGUGUGGUUGACAACAACUGGGCCCAGACAUUUGACAACAAGUCAUACCCCAUCAAACUGGGCAAGUGCUGGCAUGCCAUGUUCCACUACACUCCCAAGGAAGACCCUACCAGCAGCGAAUCUACCAAUGAUUACGAUGAAGACGAAAUUUCAAUCCUUGUUCAGGAAGCCUCUUCUUCAAAUGAGAAGGAGUUAAUGAUUGUGCUGGGAGGCUACAACAUCUACAUGCAGCCCACACCUGGUAACAGUCCUGCCCAGGUUACUGUCAAUGGUCAGCAGACUCCAGUCUCCAAGAGCUAUCUGACUGAACUGUUUGAUCAGAAUGGAAAUACCCUUGCUCAGAUGUAUGCCAGACCUAACGGUGAGGUGCACUUCUAUGCUGCUCAGCAAGAUAUUAAGGUCCAGUAUGAUGGAACUGCUGUCAAAGUGAAGGCUCAGAACAGUUACCGUUCCGAAACCCGUGGACUCUGUGGAACUUUCAACACCCAACCGGUUGAUGACUUCACCACUCCCCAAGGCUACAUUCUCCAGAACCCCUAUGAGUUCGCUGCCACCUACGCACUGGAAAGCAGCUCCUGCCAGGGUCCUGCCAAAGAACUCAAAGCCAGAGCCCAGCAGCAGAUCGCCGGUGGUCAUUACAGUCGCAACGUUGUCAUCUAUGGAAAUGUUGUCACUGAUGCGGACGCUUACCAUUACUCCAGAUCAAACUCUAAUAAAUACGGAAGGCUUCGAAUUCUAAACAAGGAGAAAUACGUCUCUUGCUCCCAGAGGCGUCUUAUGACCAUGCAGAAGGAUGGCAAGCAGUGUUUUAGUGUGCAGCCUCAACUGCUUUGCACUGACCAGUGCAGCCCUCAAGGAUAUGUCAACAAAGAGGUGCAAUUUAUGUGUGUGCUGCCCAGCUCAGUCAGUGAACACUGGAAGAAAUUGGUCAACAGAGGAAUCAACCCUGACUUCUCUGAUAAGCAUGCUUACUUCCAGACGUACAAUGUACAAGUGCCUCAGAGCUGCCAAGCCAACUAAACGUGAAUUCAUGUUGUAUUGUUCAGAAACAUAAUUGUAGCUGAAUAAAACAUGAUCAGAAGA